CGGGGGGCGCGGGGCCCGCUGCAGCGGGUGCAGCGGCGGAGCCGGGAGCUGCGGGAGCAGGUGGAGGCGCUGCGGGAGGAGUGCGCGGCCCCGGCCCCCGGGCAGCGGGAGGCCCUUUCGCUGAGGCAGAAGCAACAGGCUGGCUGCUUCCUCAAGGGCUGAGGUAGUUUUAAGUGGGAACUUGCACAUCACAGAUGCAUGCAGCUGAAGGAACUGGUGGAUGAGAACACAAAUGCUCUUCGUGACCUGAAAAAAGCUGAUGAGCCUGCACCUGUGGGGAACUACAAUCAGAGGAAAGAAGAAGAAGAAAAGCUGUUGCUAAAACUCUCUCAGCAGCUGCAGAAGCUUGUUCUUGCCUUGGAUCAGGAUAACACGACAAAGAAGUCCUCAGUAGACAAGCACCAUCAGAAAGGUCCUCAAUCAGAAGAUGAAAAUGAAGAAGAGGAUGAGAGUGAAGAUGAAGAAAGUAGUGAGGAGAAAGACAGUGAAGAAGCAGAAGAUGAUGAUGAGGAGGAUAAAUUGUUGGAUGAUCCAAACAUUAAGGAAUGCAUCGCCGUUGGGAACUUUGAUGCACAGCAGGAAGGGGAUCUCACAUUCACGAAAGGGGAAAUCCUCUUCAUACAUGACAAGAAGGCAGAUGGCUGGUGGGUAGCUGAGAACUCAAGAGGGGAGAGAGGCCUCGUCCCUAGAACCUAUCUUGCGGUUCACAAGGAAGAUGACGAAAGCCCAGAGCAAAGUGAAGAACAGGUAGAAGUAGUGGAUGAAACAGCAGAUGGAACUGAAAUCAAAAAAAGAACUGAUUCUCACUGGAGUGCUCUAAGAAGAGCUAUCACAGAGAAUGACACAGUAGAGGUACUGACAACCAUAGGAGCUGUUCCUGCAGGAUUCCGUCUGUCCACGCUUUUCCAGCUCUUGGAAGAAGGCAAUCAGUUUCGAGCAAGUCGCUUUCUGCAGCCUGAACUCACUCCAUCCCAACUGGCUUUCAAAGACCUGGUGUGGGAUGCUGAAAAAGAUACUAUCUCUCCCAGACCAACUCGAGUAUCCCUGAUUGUAACUUUAUGUGGCUGUAAAAUGAUUCCUCUUCCAGGGGUCAGCAUUCAGGUUCUCAGCAGACACGUUCGGCUCUGCCUCUUCGAUGGCAACCGGGUGCUCAGUAACAUUCACACAGUGAGAGCUACGUGGCAACCUAAAAACCCUCAAACCUGGAGCUUUUCUCCCAAGGUAACAGGCAUUUUACCCAGCUUGCUGGAUGGAGACUGUUUUGUCAGGUCCAACUCCCUGGCUGCAGACAUUGGUCUGUUGUUUGAACUUGGCAUCACUUACAUUCGCAAUUCAACAGGGGAAAGAGGAGAGCUGAGCUGUGGCUGGGUAUUCCUGAAGCUUUUUACUUCUAAUGGAAUGCCUGUUCCUGCCAAGAUGUACGAGCUGCCUUUAAAUGGUGGGACUCCCUGUGAGAGAGGUGUCGAGGUUGACCCAUCAAUAUCAAGAAGAGCAGGCAGUGGUGUUUUCCAUCAGUUCAUGGCACUCAAGAAACAGCCUGUGCUUGUGCUGAGACUGAGGUCACUGAGUGUGCAGUCAAAAGACAUCCUGUAUUUGCUCCCAGAAACACUCAUUGGCAGCAUGUGCUACAGCCAUCUCCUGCUAUUCUAUCGACAAAUCCUUGGUGAUGCACUCCUGAAAGACAGAGUAAGCCUGCAAAGCACAGAUUUAAUCUGUAAUCCUAUUCUAGCAACUUUCCCUCAACUCAUGGAUCAGCCAGACCUGAUGGAUGCACUUCGGAGUGCUUGGGCAGAUAGAGAAAGAACAGUGAAGAGAUCUGAGAAGAGAGAUGGGGAGUUUCUCAAGUCCCUCUUCGUGCUGGUGUACCACGACUCCGUGUUCCCACUGCUCCACUCCACUCUCCUGCCCCCCUACAAGUGGGCUGAGGAAGAGUCCGAGGCCUUGCGCUGGAAGGUGAUCGCUGACUUCCUGAAGAAGAGCCGAGAGAACGACGGGGCCCUCCAGUACCUGCUGGCAGCAGAGAACACUCACACAGCCUUCGACAUCUCCGAGCUGGCCUAUGACUUCCUGGGGGAAGUGAGGGAUGAUGACCACAAUGUGUGAACGGGU